GCGGCGAGUUGACGGAGGCGUCGACGGUGCCUCUGGAUUGGAUUUCCUGGUUGCUGAAAGAUGAGGCUGGACCUAGCUGCGACUGCCGCUCAUCUGCACCUUCUGCUGCUCCUUGGACUCGCCGCCAGGGGCUGGGGCCUGCGGGUGUCUGGGGUGGUGGUACCGUCAGCUGUCGUCUCCGGCUCUGCGGUACAGCUGACCUGUAACUACGAACACAACAAGGACCGGCCCGAUCCUCUCUACUCGGUCAAGUGGUACAGGGAUGUGAAUCAGUUCUACGAGUAUAUCCCCAAGAGAGACCCGCCCGUCCGAGUCUACCCGCUUCCCCAUAUACACGUUGAUGAGCCGGGGAGCGCCGGCCCCACCGUGAGGCUGACAGGUGUGACGCGAGCCACAUCCGGCAUCUUCCGCUGUGAGGUGAUGAGUGACAAGCCUUACUUUGAGACGGACGACCAUGCCGUCAAUAUGACGGUGGUAGCAGAUGUCCCCAAAUGGGGUCCAGAGAUCACAGGCGUGGUGAAGAACACCCACGCCAGCCAGGGCGCGGGGGUGACCGAGGGCGUGGGCGUGGGCGGCCUGGAAGGGGCGCGGGUUAGGCCAGGAGACGUCGUAGCUGCCCGCUGCCAAGUCGACCGGUCUGACCCGCCAGCGGAGAUAUCCUGGAGGGUGAACUCUGACCCCCCGCCCCCACACACCCUCCUUCAGCGCUCCCACCAGACGGACCGCCGCGGUAGACUCAUCCAGCUCUCGGAGCUGGAGGCGGUGGUGGGGGAGACGUGGUUCAUGCGGGGGGCCCUGACCCUUGAGUGCCGGGUUCGAGUCUCCAGCGUGUACCAGCAGGUGGCCAACGUCACUCUCAUCCACGCCGACCAUCCGCAGCCGGCCGGCUUUGGCUGGUUCUCUAAAGGCAUGUUGCGAGAAUUAGCAGUCAGACUUCCACAUAGAUAUGAGGCAUGCAACAUGACCCUGGCAGAUUUUACAGAAACACGGUAG